AUGUCAGGAGACAACGGUCCGGCGACCCUGGCAGUGUCACUCGAGGAUCACCUCGCGGAUACUCUCCGCCCGCUCGUGCCCCUCCUGCCCAAACCCCUUGCCGCAGAACUGGACAGCAUCCUCACCGCCGCCCCGCCUCCCAACUAUUCCGACGGCGACUCUAUUGACACAGCGCCGCCGCCUGUCAAAGUCGUCCCAUACGACCUCCUCGCCGCCCUGUCCAAAUGGUCCAGAACCCCAGAGGGCGAACAGGCACUCGUCCGUCACGAGCCGCCGCUGCGCGCCCGGGAUUAUACCAUGCUGGCCCUUCUCGCCGGCACGCGCACCUCCCCAGAUCGCCGAUUCCCCUCCGUGCCCGUCCCAGGUACGACCGCCGACUCGCAGGCGGCGCGUCGGCGCGAGCUGAGCGACCGACGCGCCGUGACUGCGGUGCUCAAUGCGCUCCUCACCAUUGGCGGCUCGGCCAUCGCGGCUUUCUACGCCUCCGGCCGCCUUGCAUGGAAGGACGAAUGGAGAGUGCUUCUAGCGCUAUCGGUGGCUAUCGUCGUCGCAUCCUCCGAGGCCGUCCUCUAUCUGAUAUGGUCCUCCCGCCGGAAGGACCGAAGACCACGCACGGGCGCAGCACGACGCCGCGCGCCCGGCGACAAAAAGUCAGAGCCGACUUCCCCUUCUGGACACGACGGCGGACCGCAGGACCUCGCAGUCUCAUCUUCACGCGCUCCAGGCACCGACUCCGGGUUACGAGAGCGUGCCCCGACCAAGAAUGUACAUACUGAAUGAAUUGCGUUCCCCC